AUGCUAGACGGCUCGGGCCACUCCUCCCGCCCACAAGACACGUUUGGAACCCUCAAGCGCGAGAAAACAUUCAAGCGGCCCGCUCCGGACGGCAGCACUGUCCCCAUUCUUCAGGAGUUCGUCGCGCCGGCCAUCGAGUCCUUCAACGCGCUCUUCGACGACUCCGGCCUGCCAAACGGCGACGGCGAUGGCCGAGGACUGCUGAGCCUUGCCAUCAAGGACAUUGGGGAGAAGGUCGUAUUUGAUGGAAAGCAGGGCGUGAACGCAGGCUGGGGAAACCGCAUGCGAUUUUGGAUCGAACAGGUCUCCAUCGGGCGGCCCAUGGUUCCUGACAAAGACCGGCAGGCCGUGGAGCGCAGAGUGUUCCCUACCGAGGCCAGAGAACGGUUGACUACAUAUCGCGGUCGCAUGACCGUCAAGCUGUGCUACAAGAUCGACGAAGCUGGACAGACAGUCAACACAGUCACCAAAGACUGUGGCCUUGUGCCCAUCAUGGUUAGAUCUGCAAGGUGUAAUCUCAAGGGCAUGUCUUCCGCAGACCUUGUUAAGCAUCAUGAAGAACCCGAAGAGUUUGGAGGCUACUUCAUCAUCAACGGCAACGAGCGUCUCGUCCGCUACCUCAUUCUACCUCGCCGGAACCAUGUGAUCGCCGUCACUCGUCCCUCGUUCAGCAACCGUGGACCCUCGUACACUCCCUAUGCUACCCAGAUCCGCUGUGUUCGGCCAGACCAGAGCGCCGUUACAAAUACCUUGCAUUAUCUCUCAAACGGCAACGCCAUGUUCCGCUUCAGCUGGCGCAAGCAAGAAUACGUUAUCCCUGUUAUGCUCAUCCUCAAGGCUCUUGUCGGCGCCUCCGACAAGGAGAUCUUUGAGGGUCUCAUGAUGCAUGACUAUGAGAACACGUUCUUGUCGGACCGUGUCGAGCUCUUACUUCGUAGCUUCAAGACAUUUAGCUUGCAUACUGGCGAACAAUGUCUGGAUUAUCUCGGCGAGAAGUUCCGCGUCGUACUUGGCCUUCCAGAGGACUGGACGAAUGAGGCCGUCGGCGCAUGGCUCGUUAACAAGCAAGUCCUGGUACAUCUCGAAACACCUAGAGACAAGUUCAGGAUGCUUCUGUUCAUGCUACGCAAGCUGUUUGCCAUCGUGUCCAAGUCAUGCGCUACAGACAAUCCAGAUUCCCCUCAGCAUCAGGAGGUUCUCCUCCCCGGCCAGCUUUACGGCAUGAUCCUCAAGGAGAAAAUUGAAGACCUGUUGAACGGCAUCCGCUUACAGAUCGUCACGGAUCUUCGGCGCGCUGAGUCGUCGGUGGACUUCUUCAACGAAAAGUACAUCACACGAGUGCUCAGUCGUGUCAACUGGGACAUUGGCGGGCGAAUGGCGAAUUUCCUCGCCACAGGCAAUCUCGUCUCACCGACGGGCCUCGAUCUACAACAAGCGUCAGGCUUCACCAUCGUCGCAGAGAAGCUCAAUUGGUAUCGAUACAUCAGCCACUUCCGCUGUAUUCAUCGAGGCGCCUUCUUCGCCGAGCUCAAGACGACUACAGUUCGUAAGCUCUUACCUGAGGCAUGGGGCUUCUUGUGCCCGGUUCAUACCCCCGACGGUUCACCAUGUGGUCUAUUGAAUCAUCUAUCCCGGACGUGUCGCAUCGUUACUGCACCUCUUGCGGUGAAGCACAUACCGGCUUUGCUCGUCGGCCUCGGUAUGGCGGAGUCCUUUGCUCCUUCAGUGCACGGCAGCAACACUCUCUGCGUGCAACUGGAUGGGCGCGUCAUCGGUUGGGCAAGACCGACUCUCGCUAAAGAACUGGCCACCACCUUGCGCAUCUGGAAGACGGAAGGCAAGAACAAGAUUCCGCUCGACCUCGAAAUUGGCUAUGUGCCUCCAUCCGAAGGCGGGCAGUAUCCCGGUCUCUUCCUUUUUUCAUCUCGCUCUCGCAUGAUGCGCCCGGUCAAGUACGUGGCCAACGAGCGAGACGAUCAAAUCGGCUCGUUCGAGCAGGUAUACAUGGACAUCGCCAUCACGCCGGAAGAGAUCGAGAGGGGCGUAUCUACACACGUCGAGCACAAGCCGACCAACUUCCUGUCCAUUCUUGCGAACCUUACGCCAUUCUCGGACUUCAACCAGAGUCCGCGCAACAUCUACCAGUGCCAGAUGGGCAAACAAACUAUGGGCACACCCUCGACGGCCAUCAAGCAUAGGACAGAUAACAAACUCUAUCGUUUGCAGAGCGGACAGACGCCCGUCGUCCGGCCUUCUUUGCACACCACCUACGGCAUGGACUCGUUCCCGAACGGUACAAACGCUAUCGUUGCCGUCAUCUCUUAUACCGGAUACGACAUGGAGGACGCCAUGAUCCUGAAUAAGUCGGCGCAUGAACGUGGUUUCGGCUACGGCUCUGUGUACAAGUCGCAGAUCGUGGACCUUCAAGACCAGAGAGGUGCGAAGAAGGGCGGCUUACCGACAAUGCACUUCGGUCUUGGGUCGGACGUCAAGUUUGAGCCGGAGGAUAAAGCGCACUUCUGUACACAGUUCCUCGACCGCGACGGCUUACCAUUUGUUGGUGUACGCGUAUCGCCUGGUGACCCUGUCGCAGCUUACAUCGACGAUACGAGCGGACGCACCAACAUGGUUAAAUACAAGGGAGAUGAGGUUGCAUAUGUCGAGGAAGUGCGCUUACUAGGUUCCGACGCCGGCGACGCUGAGCUACAGAAGAUUCAUCUCACGCUGCGCAUACCACGUUCACCUGUCAUUGGUGACAAGUUCUCCUCUCGUCAUGGACAGAAGGGCGUCUGCUCGCAGAAGUGGCCGGCGAUUGACAUGCCGUUCAGCGAGAGCGGGAUGCAACCCGAUGUCAUCAUCAACCCACACGCCUUCCCCUCGCGUAUGACGAUCGGCAUGUUAGUCGAGAGCAUGGCUGGGAAAGCAGGCGCGAUGCACGGUCUGGCGCAGGAUGCCACGCCCUUCACGUUCUCCGAGUCGGACACCGCCAUCGACUAUUUCGGCAAGCAGCUGUUAGCUGCGGGGUACAACUACUACGGCAACGAGCCCAUGUACUCCGGCAUAACGGGCCAGGAGUUCGCCGCGGACAUCUACCUCGGCGUCGUGUACUACCAACGCCUUCGCCACAUGGUGUUGGACAAGUUCCAAGUGCGCACGACUGGACCGGUCGAUCCUGUUACCCGUCAACCCGUGAAGGGCCGCAAACGCGCGGGCGGCAUUCGUUUCGGAGAGAUGGAGCGCGACGCACUCAUCGCCCACGGGACCUCUUUCCUUCUCCAGGACCGUCUCAUGAACUGCUCGGACUACUCCACGGCAUGGGUGUGCCGCACGUGCGGCAGUCUCAUCUCGCUCGGAUACGACGACGUCUCGCUGGGUGAGAGCGUUUCAUCAGGAGGUACAUCGCGCGCCACAGCGCCCGGUGGCGAGUACUGCCGCACUUGCCGCGCCGCUGCACAGAGCGAAGAUGAGCGCUCACGCACUGCGCUCGCGACGGGCCAGGACCCGGCUAACGUGGGUCAUGCGGAUGUGCGCAUAGCCAUUCCUCGCUCUCACAUCCUUGACGCCCGUCCCAAAGGCGCGGAUCUGGACGUUGUUGCCGUCCCCUACGUUUUCCGGUAUCUAUGCGCUGAACUUGCGGCGAUGGGCAUCGCCGUAUCUGUCGACGUACAAUGA